AUGGGUCCAGUUGUGGUUUUGGUGCUCAGUCUGUCCUUUCUGCUUUUCCUCUCAUUGUGGAGACAGAGCUCUGGAAGGGGAACUCCCCCCGGCCCUACUCCUCUCCCAAUUAUUGGCAAUUUCCUCCAAAUCAGUGUGAAUGACAUCCACCAAUCCAUAGACAAUUUUUCUAAAACCUAUGGCCCAGUGUUCACUCUGUAUUUCGGCUCCCAGCUUAGUGUGGUAUUGCAUGGCUAUAAGGCAGUGAAAGAAGCCCUCAUUGAUCAUAGGGAAGAGUUUUCUGGAAGAGGAAAGAUCCCAAUUUUUGAUAAGAUUUCUAAAGGACGAGACAUUGGUUUUAGCCGUGAAAAUGUAUGGAAACUCACAAGGCAAUUCACGCUCAAGACCCUGAGGAAUUUGGAUAUGGGAAAAAGGACCAUUGAGUCCUGAGUGCAAGAGGAAGCACAGUGGCUCAUGAAAGAACUAAAGAAAACCAAUGGCUCACCCUGUGAUCCCCAAUUCAUCAUAGUAUGUGCUCCCUGCAACGUGUUGUGCUCCAUUAUUUUCCAGAAUCGUCUUGAUUAUGAAGAUAAGGAUUUACUUAGCCUGACAGAAAAAUUGAAGGAAUGCGCUAAAUUAUUGAGAUAUCCCUGGUUUCAGGUUUGCAAUGCAUUCCCUAUACUUUUUGAUUAUUGUCCAGGAAGUCAUAACAUAGUUUUAAAAAUUUUUGCAUAUAUUAAGAGUUAUAUUUUGGAGAAAAUUAAAGAACAUGAAGAAUCAUUGGAUGUUACAAACCCUCAGGACUUUAUUGAUUACUUACUAAUUCAACGACUUAAGGAAAAUGGCAAACAGCAGUUGAACUAUACUCUCGAACAACUGGCAUCAUUUUUGAGUGCUCUGUUUUUUGGUGGGACAGAGAUAUUAAGCUCAACAAUGAGAAUUUGUUUCCUUCUCUUGAUGAGGCACCCACACAUCACAGCUAAAGUCCAGGAAGAGAUUGACCAUGUGAUUGGGAGGCAUCGCAGCCCCUGUAUGCAGGACAGGAGGCACAUGCCCUACACAAAUGCCAUGGUACAUGAAGUUAAGAGAUUCAUUGACUUUGCUCCACUUAGUGUGGUGCAUGAAGUGAUCUGUGACACUAAAUUCAGAAACUACUUCAUACCCAAGGGAACAAAGGUAAUAAUAUCACUGAAAUCAGUGCUGCAUGACAGCAAGGAGUUCCCCAACCCAGAGACGUUUGACCCUGGCCACUUUCUAGAUGAGAAUGGAAACUUUAAGAAAAGUGACUACUUCAUGCCUUUCUCAGCAGGAAAACGAGUGUGUGUGGGAGAGAGCCUUGCCUGCAUGGAGCUUUUUCUAUUCCUGACCACUAUUUUACAGAAUUUCAAACUGAAAUCUCUGGAUGACCCAAAGAACAUUGAUACAGCACCAGUAUGUUCUGGACUUGUUUCAGUGCCUCCCACUUUCCAGAUGUGCUUCAUUCCUGUCUAAUGAAGACCACUAAACAAAAAUGAGGAUGAGGAAAGCUCCUGCUGUGAUGUUUUCUGAAAUCACCCACAGAAGCCUUCAUUCACCAUGUCUCAGAAAUGCAAUUGAGUAUUUCUCCAUUCUCAUAGCUUCUCUUCUCUAAUUGCCCAAGGAUAUCAGUUCUCCAUUACACAGUUUCUGAAGUCAAUGAAAAAUAUCAUGAAGGAAAAAACUCACUGCAAAUAAAAGGGUUCUGUAAUUAUCUGCUUCUAAAUCCAUUUUGAGAGCCCGUAAGGGAAAAAAGAACAAAGACAGAGCUCUGAUCUCCACAUAUGCCUUUAGAGCUUUGUACACACACACACACACACACACACACACACACACACAUACACACACAGCCUAUUCUCUUCCCCUGUAAAUACAUAUGGGAAAGAAUUUAUUGGUGAGGAAGACAUGAGAAAUCUCUUUAACUAGGCAUCUCCUAAAGUAACUAGAAUUGUUUAUAUUUUAAACAUAUAACUGUAAUCAGGAGUAGCUUCAGACUGUACAAAAACAAGGGUGUAAUACACUGUCUGGGUGAGUCCACUCUCGCUUUGUCGUUACCCAAAUCAAAAUUAAAACAUUUAAAAUCUGUUUUAAAAUGAAGAGGAAUAUUAAGUUUGUCUCCCAUCUUAAACCUGAGCAAGUGUUUCACUUUCAUAUUGCUUACUUUGUCUCUAAACUCCUCUGUCCAUUCCAGCAAGAAUAACAGUCACAGGAAGUAUCACAUUUUAUCAUUGUUAGUUGAUUAAUCCCUUCCCACAUCAUUGAAUGUUAAUAAAUGAAAAUACAUUUAAAAAGGUAAAUCUAUUAGAAAAUGCAAGAAUCAUGAAAUCAGCACAGUUACUUAACACAGUUCCAGAAAAGAUGUUCAGAUUGCUACAAUCUCUGUUUUGAUGUCUCUUUCUUUGGAUUCUGGUUUCUGCAUGUUGCAUUCUUGAGAACUUUCUGCAUUAUGAUUUUUGUGUCUUUUUCUCAGAAAAUUAUAUCUUAGUCUUUUUAGGAAAACUCUAAAA